UUCCCCUUCUCCUAACCUGAAGUUCUUUCUUUUUUGGAGCAAAAUUUGUGAGUCCCUUCUCUAACGAGAAACUCUCUUGUUUAUCCACAAAAUUCUAAAACAUCUUUGUUUUAAUCACCGAGAGGAUGCAGUAGUUUGAUCAGCUGUGAAAUCUUUCGUCUUUAUACUGAAUUACUUUUGCUUUUCGUCCUCGAAUUGGUUUUCAAAAAGUAAGCUUCAGUGUGACGGGCAAGAGAAGUUGUCUUUGUUGGCCUUGCCCUCCAUUUGUUUACCACUUCAUUUCUGCAUCUGCCCAUUUAUAUUUAAGAUGACUAUGGAAUUACGAGUCGGUAACAAGUAUCGGUUGGGACGCAAAAUUGGCAGUGGCUCAUUUGGUGAUAUUUAUCUUGGCACCAACAUUGCUACUGGGGAAGAAGUUGCCAUCAAGUUAGAAUGCAUAAAAACCAAGCAUCCCCAACUCCAUAUAGAAUCAAGGUUCUACAAAAUGCUGCAGGGUGGGGUGGGAAUCCCUGCUGUAAAGUGGUGUGGCUCUGAAGGAGACUACAAUGUCAUGGUGAUGGAACUUUUGGGACCAAGCUUGGAAGACCUCUUCAACUUUUGUUCCCGAAGAUUCUCCCUGAAAACAGUUCUCCUCCUGGCUGAUCAGCUUGUUUGCCGAAUUGAAUAUAUCCAUUCUAAGAAUUUCAUCCACAGAGAUAUUAAACCUGACAAUUUUCUUAUGGGACUAGGUAAAAGAGGUAACCUUGUUUACAUCAUUGACUUUGGUCUGGCUAAAAAAUACCGCGAUGCUCGGACCAAUGCCCACAUUCCCUACCGAGAGAAUAAAAACCUGACUGGAACUGCAAGAUAUGCUUCAAUUCACACACAUGUUGGAAUUGAACAAAGUAGACGCGACGACCUGGAGAGCCUUGGCUACGUGUUAAUGUAUUUCAACCGAGGCUCGCUUCCCUGGCAAGGUUUGCGUGCAGCCACUAAGAGACAGAAGUAUGAAAUCAUUUCAGAGAAGAAAAUGUCGACAUCCGUCGAAGAACUUUGCCGCGGAUAUCCCGCUGAAUUCGCCACAUAUCUCAACUAUUGUCGGUCGUUACGCUUUGAGGAAAAGCCAGAUUAUCCAUACUUGCGACACCUCUUCCGCAACCUGUUUCACCGGCAACGUUUCACAUACGAUUACGUGUUUGACUGGAAUAUGCUCAAGUUUGGUGGAGCCCAGAAGCCAGCCUCUGGAGCUAACGGAAGUAGCAGUAAUGGGUUAGCAACAGCUAAUUCAGCCCUCCCCGUCGCACCAAACCCAGUAGCAAUGCCCGUUGACGUGGCUGCAUCAUCUGAAGAUAAAGAGCAAAGAGCUCGAGCCUACCGGAAUACACCCAUCGCUCAGUGGGUGGGUCAGACAGCAACUCUGCCACCUGAAAGACCCGUACAGCCAGCGACCAAUCCACCAGCCCCAACACGGCCCUCGUUUUCGCAUCCAACCAACCCUCUACCUGCCACGUCCGCUUCGUGGGCUGCCCGUUCCCGUGCGGCUCGUACCCAACAGUGAGAAAAUGAAAGAAAUGAUUUGCAGGCUUUUUUUAAAUAUCGAGAGUAACAAUUGAGUCAUGAAAAUAUGGUUAUUGUUACCACAACGUACGACCAACCCUUGUUGUAAAUGUUUAUCAUCCAUUCUCUUCCUCUGAUCUUGCCACUCUAUUGCAUCCCCUCCCCCUCUCCUCAGUUCUCGAUUUGCUCUUCGUAACGUGUCGCAGCCUUGAAACUUGUGUUUUUGAAGUUGAAAUGAUGAAUGAAGAGAAAAAAUUAUGUGUAUGUUGUCACACCUCUGUAAAUUACGCGACAAGCUUAUCGGAAUACAAAUGGUUUCUAAACACCA